AUGUCGUACAAAUUAGAAGCGCAUAAGUCUACCGAGAAAAAACUGAAUAAUGAAAAUGGGAGAGUAGAAGAAAGACGUAUUCAACCAACUAAGUUAUCAUCAAAAAUUUACUGCGGUUCCGUCAAACGUGCUGAAGGACCAACAACUCAGAAACCUGAAGUACUGUAUCUUGCUGAACUUCAAGCAUUCGCUUCACGUUUGGCUGGCAGCAGUGCUGAGAAUGCAGCACUUGACUUAAUUAAUUUGAUGAAGAACAAAGAAACUUUAGAACAGGGAGGCUCUGGUGAGAUCAUAACGGAAGUGGAUGAUCGGAAAUACGAUACCCAUUGGUAA